AAAAAAAGUACAAGAGUAAACAAAUAAUUCAACCUUGGCCUUAACUUUAAAAAGCAGUCAUGACCACUUUAUUACAACAAUUAAUUACAAAAAUGGGUUUGAGAGAUGAGCCAAACGUGCUGGAAAAAACAACUGAAUUGGUAAGAUUAUUGGAUUUGCGUUCUACUAAUGUGCCGCUACAAAUAAACGAAUAUGGUAAAAUAGUGCUGUGUGCUGAUAUAGCUGCCAACUUAAUGGGAAUACCAUUUGAUAAGGAACAAGCCUUAAAACUGUCUGGCCUACGUAAAUCACAUUAUGCCAACAAUAAAAGAAUGUUUGAAAAACUUUUAGAUCUUAACAAAUUGGUGGGAGUUAAUGACAUCUGCAUACAACUGAGUCUCAAUCAGGUAAAUAAAAAAGCCGAAGAACUUUUAGAUCUCUAUCGCAAUGUCAUAGCCAGUGAACAGUCGACCGAUGUAGAUAUGAGUCAUCCACAAUAUGCCGCCAUGGCGGUAUUCAUGGCUUGUAAAUUGUCUAAACAAAAAGUUUCCAAAUCCAAACUAAUGCCUUUCAGCAACUUAAAACCCUCACAAUGGCAACAGUUGGAACAACGCUGGGAAAAGUUUAUGACCAAACAUUACAACGAUGCCAUGGAUAAUAAAUUGAAAAAACAAAAUUCUGAUAAUCAAGCGACGGCGGCCACGGACGAUGAUAGUUCGAAGAAAAUUCAAGUUGACCAGAAAAUGCGUACUGAAAUUGAAGACUAUGAGAAAUGGAAGAAACGUAUGUUAGCCAUGGCUCAGGCUAAAUUGAAAGAACAAGAGGCCGAUUCUGAGUCUUCAGAACAAAUGGAUAACCCUAAAGAUAUCGAAUUUACGGAUGUUAUAGAUAAUAUGAUAUUGGGAUGUUAAAUACUUCAAAAAUUCUGUAAUUUUAAUAGCCAGCUGCUGCAGUAAGUAGAAAGUAAAAUUAUUUCUGUAACAGUUUUUUAUGUUGUUAACUAUCAUAAGAGCAUUUAAUUAUGUAUAUUUCGAUUUAACUAAAAUGUUAUUGAAAUUUUUUAUAAACAGGUUUAAAAGCCAAUAAAUUUUGUAUUUAUUCUUCAAAA